CUGACAAUGACUACACAGUAAUCUACAGCAGGGCUUAGAGUGUAUUAUAGUUGGACGAGGCCCGAAACCAACAACGCUUGUCAAUCUUUCCAACAAACCAUGUUUCGAAUCAGGCCAACGCAUCAUAUUAGGCAGAAGCACCAGUAGGCUCAUACCAACAACUCAAGGAAUGCGUACUUGAAUCAGCUCCCGCUCGACCAGAGUUUUGCAAUCGCUUUCCGCCAAAACCGAGUGCCACGACCGCUCUCAUUGAUUUCCCUUUUCCCGACCAGUCAUGAUGAUGGAGGGAGUGGCAUCUUUCUUUGUCAAGUAUUUGACAUUAAGCACAGCCGGGCUGUCUAGCACUAAGACAAACACUUUAACGACUCCUGUCAUCCCAGGCAUUAUACCAGGAGACUCAUACGCCAAAUUCUGCAACGAGUCUCGCACUACCGAUCUAUUUUCCAUCGAGUACUUCUCUGUACACCCAAUACCGCUAGUUGUAGAAAAAGACCUCGACAUAUAUAUAUACGGCACCUUCCUCAAAGACCUCACGCCUAAUGCAACCUGGCAUUGGACUAUAGCCGAUCCAUCCAACCAUGGACAAAACCAGAGUGGUUAUUUCUGGUUCUGUGACACGAUAGAUGCCAUUGAGCAGCCGAACCCUGAUCACGUCGCCAGAGAGAGCUGUCUGCUAGUUAAAGGAUGGGCGAUCAUUAGUAUACAUGGCUGGUGGUCGUGGAUCAUGGGAUCGGUGAGUUUUCCGUGUUCAAUGGAGUUUGGUCGAUGAGCUGAUUGGAUACCCUUGUUUUUAGGGAACAUUCUAUAUGAAGUUUGAUGCGAAGACCAGAGAGGGUGAGAGGAUUUAUUGCAUCGAUGGUGACGUUGAGGUUUUAUCAGAGGAACGGCACAGGACUUUGGCAGGUCUGGAUGG